GGAAGAAUGACGUCGCAGGAACAUGGCGGCUGUCAACAUGUAAUCACAGGACCAUCUUUUCGCUGCACAGUGAGUUCAGUACUUGUUCAGUGAUUUGAAGAGACAGCAUGGACAACACGUAUCACCACGACCUGUCAGAAGCUCAGCAGCCUCCUGGCUUCGGUGGCGGCUACAUGCCGACACCGUACACGGCUAACAGACCGAGCGAACAGACGCAGCUGGAACACACUGCUCUACCGUGGACACCUUCACCGGCGUAUGGCGGUCAGUCUUACGGAACUGUACGCAAUUUCCCCACACCACCUCCACCAGGAGCGGGUUUCGCUGGGCCUAUUUUUGACCAUCCGUACGACUUUGACCCCUCCACUCCCCCUCCGGCUUUCGGCUUCCCGUUCCCCCAACACUUCUCUGGCAGGGCCCUCCCCCCUCCGGUAAACGCAUACAGUAGCUCCAGAGUCUCAACGUUACAGGAUUUCUCUCAGUGCAGGGCCGGUCCUCCGCCUUCCUUGUCUGACUGUAACCAGAAGCGAUAUGAGGACCGCGGUGAGGCAGGAGUCCACCUCAGCGGGCCCCUUGGUCCUCCCCCGCGACAGGACUGUGACGGUAGUCCGGGAGCAGCAGCACAGUCGGACGAUGACGGCAACCCGCAGAGGAGACAGGACAUUCAGUGGCUCCGGCGGUUCUUGCCGAGCAGGAGGAAACCCCCCAGAAGCCCCCAGAUCCAACAGCCGCACCUCAGCUCUGUCCCCGUCCUCAGAGCGACUCUGUACAGGGCGGCUCAGCUGGUCUCACAGCUGGACAAGUCUUGUCUCUCUCUGAAACAAAAUCUGCACAACGACGGUGUGUGGAGUGUCUCCUAUGAAACGACUUUACAUGUGAGGAGAGAACUGCAGGACAGCGUGAAGCUCCUCAGUGACGCCGUGUGGUUAGAUCGUCUGAAAGUUAAGUUGUCCCAUACUGUCCGGAGAAGGGCCCGGCAAGUGAGAGCCCGGAGAGACCUUAAAAUGGAGCAGAAACAUGCAGAGGAGCUUAGCUCUGACAAAGAUGCCGCUAUAGAUGUAUGGAGGAUGAAGAAGAUACGGCAGGUGGAGGAGAAGAAGAAGGAGCAGGAGCUGAAACUUGCUGCAGACUCUGUGCUGUGUGAGGUGAGGAAGAAGCAGGCAGAUGUGAAAAGGAUGCAGGAUGUCCUCAGAUCCCUGGAGAAGCUGCGCAGGCUCAGGAAAGAGGCAGCAUCAAGGAAAGGUGUUAUCACAGAGCAGUGUGACCAAGCGUUCAGUGACAGACUGCAGCAGCUGAGGUCUGUCAUGAAGAGGAGGACAGCAGUUUACUCGGCAGAGGAGAAAGCCCUGAUGGUGAUGCUUGAAGGAGAGCAGGAGGAGGAGAGGAGGAGAGAGCAGGGGAGACGUCUGAAGAAGGAGAAAGAACGACAGCUGCAGAGGAAGCGCAGUGUGGAGUCCAAGCUGUUUGGAGAGGAGCUUCCAGCUGGUUGUGUCCUGCAGCCUUUCACAGAGUAUUACAGCCAGGCCGAGCACUCCGAGUAUGCUUUGAUACAAGUCAGGAGAGAAUGGGACAUGUUUGUGGUUGCAGCAGAUCAUCCUGAUGGUUCCUCAGUUCCUCAGAGCUGGAUCCUGCCAGACCCGCCAUCCAGCCAGGCCUGGGCCUGUGCCCUUCAGACUGCCGACACUGACUGUUCCACCCUCUGACUCACGUACGCUCUGUCAGCUGAAAUACACUUACUGUAAAUAAUACGCCUUUUUGUGUAACCCCGGCUCUAGAUGAACAGCUUUACUGGUACUGGAAGCUUGUACACUGAACACACAGAUAGCACAUUUCUAUUCUGACUCACUGCAUGUAGAUUGCAGGUUUUAGCCUGCCACAGGCCAGCAUUUCAUGUGGCUUUCUCAUCCCUUUCUGCUAUCUGUGUGAAGUCAACGUCCUUUUUACUACACAUAACAAGCUACAACUGAUAUAAUGAAAAUUUCACACCUUGCUGAUCAGUUCGACUGUGCAGUAAGACAGUCCUAAUAGUUUUUUGUUUGUUUUUUCACAUCGAUGACGGCGCUCAUCUCCCUGCUUGCAAAUGUUCCACCAAAGCAAUCCUCUGUCACUGUUUUGUAGGGGCACUGAUGCGGCAUCCUUCAUUUAGCCCAGCAUAAGAUGACUGUGAUUGAUUUAAAGGAAAACACAACACAAGACAAAGCUUUUUUUCGUUUUUAGCAGACUGUGUUGUAGAAUGGUCUGGAUAUGAAGACUAGAAGAGACAAAAGAACAAGCCCGUCUCCUGCUAUGCAACAGAUUUAGUUUAGCAUUUCAGUGUAAAAGCUUUGACACUGAAUUUAAAACUUCUCCAGAGGAUGUUAAUACAUUUGUGAUCUGAUCUAUUAAACUUGGUAUGGUUUGUAUUUAAAGAGCAGCUGCACACCACUAAUUUAUGGACUCCAGGGGAUAUUCAGUGACUUGGAAAUUUUCUUGUAUCCAUCCCCUGACUUAUACUUUUCAGUAACCCUUUUCACAAAGCUGCUUGGAGUGGGGUUUUUUUGUAUCCAUGAUGUAGUUAUAGUCAGGAGUACUGAUUCACCAGUGACUGGAUCUUUCAGAUACGGGUGUAUUUCUACUACACAUUUAUCUCCUAGUUAAUUCACUAAAAGCAUGACUUCCAGCACCAAUUGGCUGCUCCUGUGUUGAAUUAGGAUCGUCACUUUAAAGGUAGCGAAUACUUAUUUUAUACAUUUUAUACAUUUCAUAAAUUGUCAUGAUUUUGUAUAAAGAUUUCACUUUGAUCUCAAA